AUGACCCGAAGCGAUUUUCUCGCGAUCUUCCAUACAGGGCCUGUUAUCGCUUCUGACGGCAUUGUGCAGAAUGAUAGUCCACCGUGUACGCUAGAGACCACUUCCGAUUCCACACUCAAGAGAAAAAAAAAAGACUUUGACCCACACAGCCAGAACCCGGCCCCUCGGGCAUCAUUUCGCCCCUCAUCUGAUAACGUGUGCGCCCGAAUGGUGCGUCAUUGA